AUGCAUGCUAUUUUUACUUUCAUCACGCUCGCCCUUUCGAGUCUUGCCUCUGCUUCGCCCCAAGGCGUCCCCGAUAAGCCAAUCGAGUUCUAUGGCCGCAUGUAUGCCGACUCUGCCAAUUGUAGCGGAACUGGAACCAGAUAUGCCUACCUAGGCUCUAUGGGUAACUGCAUCAAUAGGCCCGUCCCUGGAACCGGCUCUGCCACUAUGGUGGUAGGAGAGGUUAGCAAACAUUUCUUUGCAGGAUGGACCGGGCCUGACUGCACUGGCAAGGUGGUCCUUAUUGUAUCCAAUGUUGGAGAGUGUGUUGACUUGGGUGGCACGGAUGUUCAGAGCUGGUCCAAUGAUAUGAAGCCGUUUGGAAAGUGA